AUGGAAGUGACCGGCCUCGCCGUUGGUGUUGUCGGACUCGCUGGUCUCUUUAGCGUCUGUUUGGACUCGCUUUCUCGCUUUCAAACUUACCGCGAGUCGAAUUCUGAAUCCCAUGUAUUGGAUACACGCUUCCGAGCGGCUAGAGCUCGAUUUGAACAAUGGGGAGUCAGUGUUGGCAUCUCCAAUGGGCGACUACAGCCCGAUCACCAUCGUGGACUCGACAACAAAGAGAGGGCGAAUCUGAUUGAGAGCAUCUUGGAAAUCAUAGCAAAGACUAUCUGCGAUGAGUCAAUGCUCCAAAGAAGUCGCACCGGAACCAGAUUACAAAGCGGGCAGUUUGGAGGGUUAUCACAGUCUAGAGGCAAGCGAUUGAAAUGGGCCCUUGGUGGAAAAGAGAAUCGCACCGAGCAGGUCGACGUCUUUGAGAAGCUGGUGCAGCAACUUUAUAAUCUGAUUUCGCCAGAGGACAAAAGCCAAAAAUUUGAAGGAUUGGAGAGCACAGCAUGGGUAGAGGAUAUUCGUCAAAUGUUAACCAAGAUCGAGAAGGGGAUCAAGUUUGAAGAGCAGCGCGAUGUGUUAUCAUGGCUCGGAAAAUCCGCUCCAAACGAUAAAUACGAAGAUUCCUUGGCCAAUCGCGUCGACUCAACAUGCGAAUGGAUAUUUGAAAGACCUGCGUUUAAGUCGUGGCUCUCACCAGUGGACUCAACUAGGCCAAGUGUGCUAUGGAUAAACGGGCCUGCAGGAUUUGGAAAGACCGUUUUGACUGCUCAUAUCGUUCACCACUUAUCUGAGGCCCUCGAAACACCUGUGUCCCAUUUCUUCUUCACAUCUGAUCACGAAAGUCGAGAAGAUCCAUUCUCCGCUCUGAGAUCAUGGCAACGUCAAGUUUCUGCAAAGACCAACAACGCAUUUGAAUGUAUUCGUCGCGCCUGGGAGAAUGACUCCUCCGAACAUGCCUCUAGAAGAACUCUGGUUGCCCUGUUUAAGCAAAUGAUCACAGCAGUACCAGGUUGCGUGUUCGUCGCAGACGGACUGGAUGAGUGUUGUCAGCUGAGCAAUGGCGACGCAUCUGUUGCCAGGUUCUUACGAGACAUCAUAGGUGCCAUGGCAGGCGCCGACGUCAAGCUUCUCCUCGUAAGUCGAGGCGAGCCUGAAAUCAGAGAGGCUCUUGUGGAGCAUAAAGAAACUUUGUUAGAGUACAGAAUCGGUACGAAUGAUGUUCAGGCCGACACAGCCACCUUUUCCCAGUCGGUCGUCAAUAGGAAGCUCAUUGGCAAAAGCGAGGAUCUGCGGUUAGCUAUCUCAAAGUCCAUGACAGAUCGGUGUCAAGGACAGUUUCUGUGGAUCAAAAUGCAAGAGCAGUCUUUGCGAAACACAAUGAGCAAGAAGCGACUCCAGGAAGUGGUGAGCAAUACACCUUCCGGUCUUAAUCGCCUUUAUGAUCAAAACUGGAGUAGGAUCAUGAACAUGUCGGAUCAGGACAGAGAUCGAACCUUGGCUCUUCUGCGUUGGACUGCAUUCACAUUCCACUCUCUUCCUAUCUAUGCAGUCGUUAAAGCUGUGCUAAUCGAUCAGUUUGAAGAACUGGACCCUAACGAUUACCCCGAGAAUGUCGACGACGAGUAUAUUGCAGGCGAGAUACUUGGACUCUGCGGCCCCCUCGUGGAAGUCCACGACCGGAAGAAUUCAUCGCCAGAAUAUGGGAGACUUCACAUACCACAUUUCUCCGUACGCCAAUAUCUUCUUGAACAUCUGCCGGCCCCACUCUGGAUGCAACCCAAGGACAUAACAAACAUGGAAUGCGAAACGAUUCAUCAUACAGCCAUAGCACGGAGUUGCAUUCAAUAUCUGAGCUUGCCGCAAGUUUGGGAAGAGGAUGAAGACUCUGAGAUUUAUCCGACAAGCUUCCUUCUCUAUGCGGCGGCUUUCUGUUUUCGGCACGCCAACUUAGGCUUCAUGGAUCCAUCGCUUAUAGACCUUUCAAAGGCAUUUCUGAAAAGGAACAAUCCUUGUUAUAUCGCGUUAGGAAACUACAUUGCUAAACGUCAGGGCUCAGUAUCGGUUUCGAAGUCAAACCUUCAGUUGCGGCUUCGCCCUUUUGAACUAGUACUGCAUAAAGGGUGGAUAGAAAUGGCAGAUCAUCUGUUUGACGAUGCAGAGGUCAAUGAGAUUGGUGCUCUUGGACGCACACCGAUUUUUUGGGCGUGCUUAUCCGGCUCAGCAAAAUUAGUGAAUAUGCUUAUUCGACACGGUGCCGACUUGAACAUAACAGACAUCAAUGGUUUGACAUGCCUCGACGCAGCAGCAUCCUGGGGUUUUGAAGAAAUUGUCAGGAUCCUGGUGGAGUCGAAUGUCAACUGGUCAUCACGGAGUAAGUAUGGCAUCACGCCAUUACAUUCUGCCGCGGAAGGGGGCAAUAUGAGAUGCUACCAGUACUUACUGGAGCAGGGAGCUGAUGUCAGGAUCGGAAACGUGGAUGGCGCUAAUGUUAUACACCACGCAUGUCUAUUAGCUGGCCGUGCUGAAGUAUUAAGAUUUAUUCUUCAGAAUGGGCCUGCCACUUUAGCAACAGAUGAUCAGUGCAGCUUACCCUCGCCGAUGAUGCUUGUAGCUAAGAACGGUGAUAUCGACAUGGCCAAGGUUCUCUUCGAGUUUGGGGCCGUUUCUUCCUUGUUUAUUCAAUCGUGUAGCGGGGAAUUGCCCCUUCAAGCUGCAGCAUCUUCAGGUCAUAUCGAGCUAGUGGAGUUCUUUCUAGAGCACGGUGCAGCAACGACACUGUCCAUUCCGAACAACGAUGGCGACACGGCGCUUCAUCUUGCGUGCGCUGUGACAGGGCGCGAUAAGAUCAUUAGUAUUCUUCUUCGCCCAGGCGUCGAGGAGUCGAUGUUGAUGGAGAACGAGGAAGGCAACACACCACUACAUGUGGCGUCUAAAACUGGUCACGCCAGUUAUAUCAGGUUGAUACUUCAAUACUCAGAGCCAGAACACCAACGUCUUCUGGAAAUGCAGAACAAGAAACUGAACACGCCUUUAUGUCUUGCAUCUGCUUUGGGUAAUGUGGCUGUCGUCCGCGAAUUGCUCAACUUUGGGGCUCAGACACUCCUUUCAGUUUCCAAUCAAAUGGGUGAGACGGCUUUGUUUGUUGCAGCACUCCUCGGGGAUGCAGACGUCGUGAGGGCACUACUGGAUUAUGGGGCGGAAAAUGCUCUUGACAUCAUCGAGGCUUGUGGUAGCGGUACAUUAUUGGCGGCGACAGUCGGAGGAUCCAGUGAGGUUGUCAAGGAACUACUCUCCCAUGGUGCAGGAAGAACUGUCGCAUGUUCAAACUUGCAAGGCGAGAGGCCUUUACAUGCCGCCACGCUUCAGGGCAACGUCGAACUCUUGAAGCUUCUUCUCGAAGUGCCUGGUGUCUCUGUGAAUCAGAAGACUACCAUCAAGAAACGGAUAUUUUGGCAUGGUAGAGUUACUCCUUUCCGUUGA